AGGCCUUAAGGCCGAAAGACUUGUUACCGUGGGACAACAAAUGGCCAUCUGUGUUGUUUCCGAAAGUUACUUUUGGAACUUUUAUGUUUUACAUAUGUUUUGCAUUAUAUAGUUAUUGAAUUCAGCAUAAAUAAAAGAAGAUGAAUAAUGAAAGUGCUGUGUUAGAUUUCAGAAACAUUCUGGAAAAUCAGCCUGAUGUCUCUGCAGCAGUUGCAGCUUUGACUGUACUUCUAGAUUUCGUGAUUAAAGAUACAUCUGAAACUAUUCAAGAAUUAGACAGCAACAUCAAGUCUGUUGUAGAAGCAUUAAAUUGUGUUGACUGUUCUGUGACAUCUGUGAAAUCAGCAUGUGAACUUUUCAUGCGUUUUAUAACUCUUACUUCAUUAGAUCAUAGUGACUUUAAAGAAUGUAAACGAGUAUUAUCUCAAAGAGGAAAGUUGUUUCUUGAGAGAGUAUCUGGUGCACGAAUGAAAAUCGCUAAAUUAGGUCAUACAUUUAUUGUUGAUGGCAUGAAAGUUUUAAUACAUUCGCAUUCAAAAGUUAUAUACCAAACUUUACUUGAAGCUUAUUCUGCAAAGAAAAGAUUUCAUGUAUAUGUCACAGAAUCUGCCCCUGACUUUUCUGG